CUGACACUUGGCCUCUGUCUUGGCGGCUCUCUCUCUCUCUCUCUCUCUCUCUCUCUCUCACCGUCAUGGAGGCGGUGUUGGCCGAGGCGCUGCUCUCGCAGUGCCCGGAUGCGGAGGCCUUGCUGAGGGCCGUCGGCGGCGGCGAAGGAGAGGGGGCCGCGCUGUCGGCCGAGCGAGCGGAGGCGCUGCGUUUCCUCCUGGAGCGGGCGGAGGGGGCCGGGGCCGAGAAACUGGCCGAGGCGGCGGUGGCCCGGUGCCUGCCUGCGCUGCUCGGGGACGAGGCCUCUGCACCGCCUCCGCGCUUAGUGAGGGCCUCGUGCGGGCUCCUGCGGCGCUGCGUCUCCCUCGGAGGGGGCCCCUUGGCGGCGAAGGUGGCCACAGAGGCCUUGGAGGCGGCGGCGGCGGCCGGGAGGAGGAGGAGGGUCUCCCCCGCCGACGUGGAGGCCCUCUCCUCCGUGGCCUCUCGCUUGGAGGAGCCCGAGCUCCUUAAACAAACCGUGGAGGCCGCUCUGAGGCUUUUGUGGGACCAGGACCAGGAGGAGCCUGCGUUACUAGUGGCUGGGAGGCUCUUGCCUGCCCUGGGGAGGAACCACGGCGACGCCGCCGCCGCAGCACUCGGGGCGGUCUGGGACGGACUCAUGGCGCCCUCGCCGCCUUUGGAGGAGCCCUGGAGACUGAACCGGACCCUCCUGGCCCUCAGCGCCCUCUCCGACGCCCUCUUCUCUCCCGCGGAAGGGGACGGAGGAGGGGAAGGGGCUCCCCGCCUGGACGCCAGGCGACGCAGCGGCUUUUGGAAAGCGGUGCAGAAGGGGCUGACGGCCCGCGACGGACUCUGCAGGAAAAGAGCACGAUACCUUUUGAAGAGAGCCCUGGACGCCUCCGAGAAAGGGCCCGGAGGGGGAUGCAGGAGCGGCCAGGAGGGAGAGGAGGGAAAUGGACCCUGUCUGUUUUGGUGGUGUACUGAAAAAAAUGAUCAACUUACGCAGUUUUGGGGAAAUUACAUUUUAAUUAUGGAGAUUCUGGAAGGAAACCAGAUACAUGUUAUAAAGCCCGUAUUACCAAAAUUAAAUAGCUUAUAUGAACAUGCGCUAUCAGAAAAAAAAGAUUGUUGGGUAUUUCAUCCAUCAUGGCAUAUGUGCAUUUACAAGCGAAUGUUUGAGAGUGAAAACAAAACAUUGGCAAAAGAAGGUGUUGUUCACUUUCUUGAAAUCUGGCAAACAAAAUGUCUUCCCACAUCACCAGGGUUUUCAGAGUUCGUUAUUGGCCCUUUAAUGGAUGCUCUUUCUGAAAGUUUUCUCUAUAGCAGAUUACCAGGUCAGACUGUAGGAACCUGUCCCCCAUUAGGAAUGAAGCUUCAGGCAUUCCUGGCUACUUUCUUCACAAGCCUUCCAGCAGAAGAGAAAGGUACUUUUUUGUUAAAGUUUAUACAGAAGAUGAGCAAUAGACACUGGUGUGCUGUUCCCAUUUUGUUUUUCUCCAUGGCUCUGGCACAUAUUCCACCAUACAGAGCUCUGGAUGUUGGAGGACUUCUAUCUCUGAGAGAUGUCCUGCAGUGUACUAUGAUCACACAUCAGAUUCUUCUACGAGGAGCUGCCCAGUGUUAUCUUCUUCAAGCAGCAAUACUUUUGACAGAUAUUGAGAAAGUAUCCCUUUCAGAUAUUUCAAACUUCAUUGUAUGUCUGAGACCAGAAGAGUCAUUAGGCAGAGGAACUAUUUUGUGGAGAAAGCUUUGUGACUGGUUGUGUAUAAAUGACAUGCACUUUCGAAAAGCUUUAAACUUCAGUGUGCCUCAAGACAAAACAUUGUUGAGUGUUCAUGUGCAAUUUCUUGUGGAAGAUUAUCUGAAAACACCUACAGCCAGUUCAGAAGAUUGCCUUAUGCCAGACUGGUCUGAUGCUAAACUUGUUGCUACAAUGAUUUUUCUGGCUGCAGAUGUGGAAGAUAUAAAACACAGAACAGAAUGGAUUGAGUUGAAGCCCCUUCUGAACCCACUACUGGAUGUCUUGCUCAAACUUGGCACUAAUCCAUACAUCUCAUCACAAAAAUCGGAUAAAAGCCUACAGCUGCUGUUGAAAUUGCUGCAGACCUGUUCAAGGAAAUGGUCUAGUCCACAAACUGAUGGGAUAACAACACUUCUUCAGAAGUCACUUAUGUCUGCCACAGAAAGUAUUCUGCAUUUUCUGCUUAGAAGACUUACAGCACAUGAAUUAAAUACAAUUUCAGAUCUGCAACGCUGUGAUUUAUAUCUAGGGGUGUUAUUGGAGAUAACAAGCUUCUCUUCAAUGAAAGACUGGAAAAAUGGAUCCUCGGUUGGCAGUUUUAUCUCUUCUCUGAUAAAUGCCUCCCUCUCCAAUCUGCAGGAGACGAGCUAUGAAGAAGAGGUAAAACUUGGAAAACAGAUUCAGAAGGUAGUGAGCUUGGCAUCCCUAAGCACAGUUUGUGAAAUUAUUGAUCAGACACCAGAUCUUCAAUUCGAAUUUCUGCCAUCCGUUGAUGCCCUAAAAACAGUUAUUUCCUGUACUCAGCUUAGCUGUGUAUUAAAGAAGCCUUCCUGUAUGGAAAAAAGCAGUUCUCUGGAGGAAACUGCAUCUUAUCAAGGAUGGGGGAAAAUAGUAGCACGUUUCAUACAUGAUCAGUGGGUUUGUCUUAAUUUUGUUCUGAACAAUCAAAAUAUUUCUAAGGAUCAAAAUUUGGAACAAUUUUUUCUGGAUGAGCAAAAGUACCCAAGAACAUUACACUCUGCACUGGAAGCAAUAACAGUUCUUCCUUCUGAUCAUGUUCUACCUGUAUUUCGUUGCAUGAAAAUAUUAGUUCCCAAGGUAAAUAAUUUAAAUCUUGUAUGGUUUUUUGGCCUGAUACAGACAGGCCAAAAUAAAGCUGCUUUGAAAAUGAACAGAGCAAUCCUAAGUGUGGGUGGUGAAUGUUGUGGUGGGUUGUCUGUCACUGCCAAAACCUACAAACUCAAGUUAAUUGGGGAGGGGAUGGAGUGUUUCUGUUCUCUGCAGGGAGAAUUCAUGUUGAAAUCAAAAAUUCACUAUUAUGUAAAUUCGUUACAACACAGAAUUAAAAACCGAUUGUGGCAGACGUUGCUGGUUCUGUUUCCAAAACUUCAUGAGGAUAUUUUAGCAAGAAUUGUUGACAGGAUUCUACAGGCUGGACAUAGCAAUAAUCAAGCAUCUGUAAAAUAUUUAAUAGAAUGGAGUAUCGUCUUGAUUCUACACAAGUUCCCUCAGUUUCUUCAGAAUUUCUGGGAUUGCUUUAACUAUGGGGAAGAUCAGCUUAAAACUAGCAUUUGCACGUUCUUAGCAGUGCUGUCACAUUUUGAUACAGUUCUCCAAAAUACAUCUGAAAAGAUUCCAGCUUUGAAGAAAGCCCUUGUUGUAGUUCUACAGUGGUGUUUUCAUCACAAUUUUAGUGUUCGGCUAUACGCUUUAAUUGCUCUGAAGAAAAUUUGGGGAAUGUGCAAAGCAUCAUUUGUGAAUGAUUUUGAAGCUUUAGCUCCAGUUAUUGAAUGUAGUCUCAAUCAAGCAGAAAGCAUGCAUGGAUCAGGGAAUGCUAAAAAGAAUUGGCAACGUAUCCAAAAGCACUUCUUCUUUGAAAAUUUUCAUCCGCUUAAGGACUACUGUCUGGAGACAAUUUUUUACACCUUGCCACGUCUUUCAGAUAUUGCGGAGGAGGAAUGGAUUCCUAUCUCUAAAUUUAAAGCAUUCACAGACCUCCCACUGAGCUCAACUUUUCCAUGUUCCCAUUCUUGCACUACACUUCUGGAUUUAAAGCCAAGUGACUGGUGCCAGCAAGAUAGGGGUUUGAAUUCAUCUGAAUCAUGUAAUGAAAGGAAAUGGACAGAUGUUCAAAAAAAAAUUAUUCCUUGGAAAGACAGCAUGUCAGAUUUGGAUCUGGAGCUUGUAUUUCAAGAUCGAACUACCAAACUUGGCAAAUCAAACAGUAAAUUGAUUGUUGUGGCUUCUCUCCUUGAUAAACCCACCAAUUUAGGAGGCUUGUGUCGUACAUGUGAAAUAUUUGGUGUGUCUGCUCUAAUCGUUGGCAGCCUUCAUUACACAAAUGACAAACAAUUUCAGUACCUCAGUGUUUCUGCUGAGCAGUGGCUUUCUCUUAUUGAGGUUAAGCCGUUUCAGCUUGUUGAUUAUUUGGAGCAGAAGAAAAUUGAAGGCUACACAAUAAUAGGUGUUGAGCAAACAGCUAAAAGUUGUGAUCUAACAGAAUACUGCUUUCCAGAGAAAUCGCUGCUGCUGCUAGGAAAUGAGCAUGAGGGAAUUCCUGCAAAUCUGAUUCAGCAGUUGGACACUUGUGUAGAAAUUCCACAACAAGGAGUUAUUCGGUCACUUAAUGUUCAUGUAAGUGGUGCUCUACUCAUCUGGGAAUAUACUAGACAACAGAUUGUCAAAGAAAAAAAAUCAAGAUGAAUGCACAAUUCUUAUUAAAGCUGUUGCUGUAAUGGUGCUACAAAAUCCAAGGAGUAAUUAUAAAUGACAUUCUUUAUUAUCUGUAUUCUGCACACUUUUUUGAAAAAUAAUAUAAAUGCCUUAAAACAUGAUUUAUUAAAAUUAUUCAAUAAUUGUUUUUUCAA